AUGCUGGGAUGCACAUUUUACACCUAUAUCACAUCCGAGCAGGAUACAGAUGUCUGUUUUGGGCUCAACGACUUCUACUGCAUUGAUGGGUGGACAUUGGCGGACCACAACACUUCGCAUACGGUGGAGCUAGUGUGGCUGAAUGAGCGAGUUGCUGCCCUUUCGACAUCUGAAUCUGAUAGGAUGAUUGUGAUCUUCACACAGCAUAUUCCCAUUACCGAUGAUUCGCGGGCGGUCGACCCAGUGCAUGUAGGGAGCACAAUUAGCUCAAGGUUCUCUAGUGAUUUGAGCGGGGAGGCGUGUUGGAAGAAUCCGAACGUGGGUGUUCAGUUGAGGAGGGGAAACGGCAAAGUAAAGCGAGUGCUUAGCAACCAGUGCGGGUAUUACUUCAAGCAGUCUCAUGGUUUCAAUGUUGAAAAGGUGGUGGAUGUCUCGUACCAGCCCAGUAGGCACAAAACUGCCUUCGCAGUACCUGACAAAAAGGCCCCAGAGGCCGAGCAGAUCCUGGGCCGCGCUGGCUUAGAUAUCUGCACAGACCAGGACUGCGUCGUGAUUACAAUAAAAUCCCGACCGCCCGCUGUGUCCCCACGAUCUCCAUCAUAUGGCGUGGGCAUCUUAUAUGAUACAACAUAUCUACCCUCGCGGCAACGCAUAAUGGUUAAAUACGGAUUCGAUACGAAACCGCUAGAUUCGCCAUGCGAUAAUGCGGAAGAGGAGACGUAA